AUGGCCGCCUCCCCACGUGACCGCGCGUUCCCCGCGCUGAUUGGCCGUUCACCUCUCCGGCAGCGACCAAUCAGCGGCGAGUCACGCGCGGGUGCCGGGCGGGUGCCCCUGGAGCCCAGCGCGGUGCCGGCCCCUCCCCCGCCCGUGCGCACCUUCUCGCUGGAGGACUUCGAGGUGGGCCGGCCGCUGGGCAAGGGCAAGUUCGGGAACGUGUACCUGGCGCGGGAGCGGCGCUCCGGCUUCCUGGUGGCCCUCAAGGUGCUCUUCAAGUCCCAGGUGGAGCAGGAGGGCGUGGAGCACCAGCUGAGGCGCGAGAUCGAGAUCCAGGCCCACCUCAGGCACCCCAACGUGCUCCGGCUCUACAAUUAUUUCCACGACCGGCGCCGCGUCUUCCUCAUCCUGGAGUUCGCGCCCCGCGGGGAACUCUACAAGGAGCUGCAGCGCUGCCGGCGCCUGGACGCCACCCGCACGGCCACGCUGAUGGAGGAGCUGGCGGACGCGCUGCUGUACUGCCACGGGCGCAAGGUGAUCCACCGCGACAUCAAACCCGAGAAUCUCCUGCUCGGCCUCAAGGGGGAGCUCAAGAUCGCCGACUUCGGCUGGUCCGUGCACGCGCCCUCGCUCAGGCGCCGCACGCUGUGUGGCACCCUGGAUUACCUGGCACAGCGGUGUGCCCAGGGUGCCAAUCUCACCUGUGCCAAUCUCACCUGUGCCCAGCUGUGCCCACCUGUGCCCAUCUCACCUGUCCCGCAGGUGGACGUGCAGUUCCCGCCCUCGGUGCCCGCGGGCGCUCGGGAUCUGAUCCAGCGGCUGCUGCGGCGCCCCCCGGGGCAGCGCCUGCCCCUGCGCGGGGUGCUGGGGCACCCAUGGGUGCGCGCCCACUCCCGCCGGGUGCUGCCCCCGGGGUACUGCCCCCCGACCCCUGACCCCUGA